UGGGUGUUGCCCAUUUGCGUCGACCUCGACAGUAUCCAUCGGAUUAUUUUCAUUUUACAACCGCCUGGCCUUGUGUCUCUUGCCCGUUGCCUCACCACCGAAAGGGAUCUGAGUACUUCAACCAUGGGAGUCGAAGGCUGCACUAAAUGUAUCAAAUACAUGCUUUUCUUCUUCAACUUCAUCUUCUGGCUCGCAGGAGGUGUGGUCCUGGGCGUGGCUCUAUGGCUUCGACAUGACGGCCACACCAGCAGCCUGCUAGAGUUGAAGUUUGACGGCCAACAAGCACCAACCACCUUCUUAAACAGUGUUCACAUCCUGAUUGCUGUUGGCGCAGUGAUGAUGGUUGUCGGGUUCCUCGGCUGCUAUGGUGCCAUUCAGGAGUCUCAGUGUCUUCUUGGAACAUUCUUUGCCUGCUUGGUGAUCCUGUUCGCUUGUGAGGUGGCAGCUGGAAUCUUUGGAUUCAUGCACAAAGAUUCGAUUUCCAAAGAGCUGAUUACCUUCUAUGACAAUGUGUACGACAACUCUGUAGCAACCACUUUAACAGACCAGGACAAGAAACAGGCUGCAGCUGCUGUGCUGAAGGUAUUCCAUAAGACGUUGGAAUGCUGUGGUAGGGGCAUCAGCAACCCGUUCACUACGUUAAUCACCCAAGGUUUAACGGACAUCUGCCCCAAGUCAGUCGCCGCUUCCACUACAGACUGUCAUGGAAAAAUCACUGAGCUCUUUACCGAGAAGGUUUACCUGAUUGGCAUCACUGCCCUGAUAAUUGCUAUUAUUAUGAUCUUUGAGAUGACCUUUAGUAUGGUCCUGUGCUGUGGGAUCCGCAACAGCCCGGUGUACUAAAGUCCAGGGGGAAGAAGCAAGGGCUAGUGACCUCUGGAGAUACUAGCCAAUGACUGAAGGAAAAUAUUUAUCUUCCUUUUUUGUUUUUAUAGCCUGUCA